AUGGACAUGGACAUGGACAUGCUAACCUCGACGGACGACCACAUCCGGCGCCUGCGCGACCAAGUCACAGCAACCGAAUCCCAACUCCGCACCCUCCGCGCCCAACUCCAGCAAGCCGAACAAGCCGGCGAAAGCGCGCGGCAACUGCAAGAAGCAUACCAAGGCGGAUUCCCAGCGGAAUGGAUAGAAGAGACAUUGGGAGCACUCGACGACGAAGCGGUAGCAGAUAUCGCCACAAAACUACGACAAGAUGGCGGGUUUGAAGGAGCACCAUCGCCACCCACCCCACCACCAACGCUAGAUGCAAGGGAAGCCGUAGCCAAGCAGCGACGGUGGCCAUUGCGGGAUGAGGAGUAUAAGCGUUACGGACGCCAGAUGAUCAUGCCGGAGAUAGGCCUACACGGCCAGCUGCGGCUGCAGAAUGCCAAGGUUUUGAUUGUAGGGUUAGGUGGAUUAGGAUGUCCGGCUGCUGCGUAUCUUGCCGGAGCCGGGGUGGGGACGCUGGGGUUGGUAGAUGGGGAUACGGUGGAAGUGUCGAAUUUGCAUCGGCAGAUCCUGCAUAAGAAGAAGACGGUGGGGAAGUUGAAGGUGGAUAGUGCGUUGGAGUAUUUGCAGGCGCUCAACCCAAACGUCAAGUACGCCCCUUACCGCGCCCACCUAUCGCCCGAGAAAGCCGGGUCAAUCUUCGAGCGCUACGAUAUAGUACUCGACUGCACCGACCACCCGACCUCCCGGUACUUAAUCUCCGAUACCUGCAUCCUAACCGGCAAACCACUCGUAUCAGCCUCAGCCUUGAAGACCGAAGGCCAGCUCCUGGUCCUGAACAACCCACCGCGAAGUCCCGGCGACACAACAGGAGGUCCCUGCUACCGCUGCGUCUUCCCACGACCCCCACCAGCCGAGACCAUCCAAAGCUGUAGCGAAGGCGGGAUCCUCGGGCCCGUGGUAGGCGUCAUGGGCGUGCUGCAAGCGCUCGAAGCGAUCAAGCUCAUUACUGCCAAACCCGAGCCGUCGAUGCCGGACUGGAUGGAUAUGACGCUGGACGGCAGCCCACCUGCUUCUGCAGAAGAGGUCAAGCCGACCAUGCUCCUUUUCUCCGCCUACAGUCGUCCGCAAUUCCGCUCUGUCCGGCUCCGGUCACGAAGGAACGACUGUGCGGCCUGUUCCCUCCAAGCAACGAUAACCCACCACAGCUUAGCAAGCGGCUUGACAGAUUACACGGCCUUCUGCGGCACCACCACCACCACCACCUCACCACUCAGCUUCCUCCCCUCCUCAGCCCGGAUAACAGCCCGAGACUUUGCCCGCUUGCCGACAGACGGCAGCAAUAUCCUCAUCGAUGUGCGGGAUAGUACUCAAUACUCCAUCUGCGCUUUACGAGGUAGUACGAAUAUCCCCUGGAACGGUGGCGGGAAUGGAUCCGGAGAGGCAUGGGUACAGCAGGCGAUCGACAUGGGCGUGCUGAGUGAGUACGAGGAUGGGAGGGAGCGGUUUGUGAUUUGUCGGCGGGGGGAGGAUUCGCAGAUGGUGGUUAGGGCUGUGAGGGAGAGGUUUGGGGGUGGGUAUGCUGAUGGAUUAGAGGGGGAUGGGGAAGUGGAUGGUAGAUGGGGUGGAAGUAUGGGGGUGAGGGUGAGGGAUAUCAGGGGUGGGUUUGGGGCGUGGAGGGAGGAGGUUGAUCGGACGUGGCCGAAGUAUUGA